CUGCUCAAAAUUUUAUACAAUUUCACGAUCUCUCCACUCUUUUCCCUUCCGCCUAAGAUUCUGCCAAAUCCUCGUUUCUCAUUCCCAUAAGCCUGCAGAGAGCCUGAUUCCUUGCAAAACAAUCCUUAAUACCGAUUUCACCUUCUCAAACUCCGCUGCCGAACAUCGUUAUUCUUCUUUUUUAGACUCUCCAAGUCUGAAAUCCCGAAAGCACUGUCUGCACUAUUUGAAAGCUCAGGUCCUCAUCUGCAACACUCAGCUUAACGUAGCAGCUAUUCUGGAUUUCCUUCAGCUAUUCUUCAAACAGGAGGUACGUGCCGAAGUAUUAUGUCAAUUUUUCUUCAUCUUACCUGACAAAGGUUGCUAAUGAUGUUGAAUUUCUUUUUAACAUUGGCAUGACUUAAAAACAAGUACUUUAAGCAGCACCAUUCAGAGGGUAGCUGUUUCUGCCCAUAGUUUGGUGAUAACAUUGCAGAGAGAAAACUAAAGAAAGCUCCCACACGAAAAUAGUUUAUGAUAGCGGGUAGGCUCUUGCAAUCAAAUAAUGAACAGGGUGGUGGCAAAGAAACUUGCUGCAAACCUCAAUGGUGUGAGGAUUCCAAAGAGGACUCUCUGUAAUGAUAUAGGACUGAAAGCAUCUACCACUGAUUCUGCUGGCCCUCAACAUUCUUCUGGUGCUAAUGGUCACCAACAUGACAUUGCAAUUGUUGGUGGAGGCAUGGUCGGGAUGGCCUUAGCUUGUUCCCUGGCGAGCUUACCAUUGACAAGGCAUUUGAAUGUUGCCAUUAUUGACAAUAAUCCUACUUUAGGGAGAGGAUUCUCCAUAAAGAAGGAUGACCCUCCUGAUCCAAGAGUCAGUACAGUCACUCCGGCAACUAUUUCUUUUUUCAAAGAUAUUGGUGCAUGGCAAUAUGUUUAACAGCACAGACAUGCAUAUUUUGAUAGGAUGCAGGUUUGGGAUUAUACUGGUUUAGGAUACACAAGAUAUAAUGCAAGGGAUGUAGAUAAAGAAGUUCUAGGGUGCGUAGUGGAGAAUAAGGUGCUCCAGAGUUCUCUGCUGUCUUGCAUACAGAGUACAGAUUUUCAGAAGACAAUCUAUCCGUCCAGGUUAAAUUCAAUGGCUUUGCUACCAAGCUCUUCAUCAAUGAGAACAGGCAGUUUAUCAUCAACAGAAGAGUUAUUCACUCGUGGGAGUUUAGUAAAGCUGGAACUAAGUGAUGGCAAUAGGAUUUAUUCAAAAUUGGUGGUAGGAGCUGAUGGGGCCAAGUCACGAGUGAGAGAAUUGGCAGGAUUCAGAACAACUGGCUGGAACUACUCACAGAAUGCUAUCAUCUGUACAGUAGAACAUGCUGUAGAAAAUAAGUGUGCAUGGCAGCGGUUUCUACCAGCAGGACCAAUUGCACUCUUGCCAAUAGGUGACAAUUUUAGCAAUAUUGUCUGGACCAUGAACCCGAAAGAGUCAUCAGAUUACAAAUCAAUGGAUGAGGAUAAUUUUGUGAAUGCUAUAAAUCAUGCUCUAGAUUAUGGAUUUGGUCCUCAUCCUGAACCAAGCUCGCUAGGAAAUGUAGACAUGUUCUCUUGGAUUAGGGGAAAGACAACAGUAUCAGAAAAUGAGAGUUUUGAAGUUCCACCAAAGGUGGUCAAGCUAGCAUCAGAAAGAAUGGUGUUUCCGUUGUCUUUAAAGCAUGCUAAUGAUUAUGCAUCAAAGCGAAAGGUAUUAAUAGGUGAUGCAGCUCAUACUGUUCAUCCCUUGGCUGGUCAAGGGGUUAACCUUGGAUUUGGAGAUGCAUGUGCUCUUUCAAAAAUCAUUGCAGAAGGCAUUGCCGUGGGCAUGGACAUUGGGGAGGUGUCACUACUGAAAAAAUAUGAAGCAGAUAGAAAACCUGCAAAUAUUGCAAUGAUGGCAGUUCUUGAUGCUUUUCAAAAAGCAUACUCCGUGGAUUUUGGACCUGUAAAUUUUCUGCGUGCUUAUGCAUUUCAGGGAGCUCACUAUUUUGCACCACUUAAAAAGAGCAUUAUAUCCUUUGCUUCAGGAGAGCACAGGCUGCCGCUAUUUUCUUAAAACUUUGAUGUCUUCUUAUUUAAUUUUUUUAAAAAAAAAACUUUGAUGCCCUCUUACAGCAGAUAAGCGACAGAAGAAUCUUCCAUGUAUUUUCUAAACUUUUCCUUUAAUUUAUCCUGCAGAAGUAGUAAGUUUCACA